AUGGUAACAAUAAAAGAGACCAAAGAUCGGGAAUAUCAGGAACAAGCAAAUCGACCGUCAUGAAACGGCGAAAAAUGGGUCCAUGGACCCUGUUGAAUACAACAAAAUUAUCCUGCUCAAACUUCAUCUUACUUCUAUCCUUUUUUCCUUUCGUCAAAUCUGCAUUUGAUGAUAGUGCUAAAUUGAUAAUUCGACCGGAUUCAUCGACAGUAGCGGCGGAUACAAGGGUUAGCUUCUUUUGUCGUGCCGAUGGUAAUCCAUUACCUACAGUAGUUUGGAAGAAGAAUGGUUUAUCAAUCUCGGAUUUAAGAUAUUCAACGAAAACCCUUUCUAAUGGGUUGAGCACAUUGAGAAUUGAACCGGUUAAAUUAACUGAUGCAAAUUCAACGAUAAGCUGUACGGCAGACAACGGAAUUGGUAAUCCGGUUAUUGCUGAUGCGACACUUACCGUUCUUCCACCUGGUGAGUUACCAGCCGGAUUUCCGGUAAUUGAAGCGCAUCCGGUGUUAAAAUCGGUUGAGCAAGGUCGAACAGCGCAUGUAUCAUGUCGAGUACGUGGUGAUCCUCGUCCAAAGGUAUUAUGGCUUCGUGAUCUGAUGCCUGUUGAUAUUCGGUCUAAUACUCGAUAUUCCGUUUCUACUCUUGGUAAUCCAGGUAAUUUUUUUUUCUAA